UAAAUUAAAUGAGAGAUAUGUACGUAUGUUAUGUUUGGUAGCUUAGAAAGUAACAAAAUUAGUAAACAUAUUUUUUUAACACUCCUUAGCCGAUCAGCCAGGUCGAACAUCUUAUUCAUGCUGACCUGAGCGUUUUUGAACUGGAAAGAACUCCGCUUCCAUCAAUUAAUGCCAAGGUCCAAGCUCAAAAAGCUUUACACCUGGGAACUCCUUAUGGAAAAACCACUUUCCAGUCAUCGAUGGCACACAAUAUAACCACCGAGCCUCAGCUACCAGCAGCAUGGAGUAUUCAUGACAUCUUCACUGAGGUCCCCAACAAGUCUCGCAAAAUCAUCAAGAGAACACUUAAAGAAAAGCACAUUUCCAAGAGGAACAUGUGUCAUAUGGUUCAGCAGACUGUGGAGUGGGUACGAAUGUUGUGCAUGGAUGUGGUCCUUCCUGCUCUACUUCUCUGCCUGAUACAAGAGGACUGCAUGAAAAAGGAGGCCCAAUUGCACCAAAAGAGGGCUGGCAAGUGUAUGCAGAUUAACAGUGGUGAGAUCUUGAACAGAUCCACUGAAGAGGCAAAAAUGAUUGGAGUGAACAUUUUUCUGUGCAUGAUGGAUUGCUUGCACAGCAAAAAUGCAUCAGUUCGGUCAGAUGCCGAAGGGUCAGCAAGCAGCCAGAUGACUUCAGGGAACCGCAUCAGCAGGGAGACGAUCCAUAUGUUUACUGCGGAUUUAAUGAGCUGUGUUUACCAGGAACUUCUUGACAAUGACAUGGGCAAGGCAUAUCCUCUCAAAUACCUGUGCUCUGAGACCAACACAGAGGCUCAAAACUCCUCUCGCUGGGAAUUCUACUGGUCCGUGCUUCAUCACUUCUUUCAGCAGGCAGCGAAGAACCAUGUGGGAUCAUUCCUGGGAUUGCCAGACAUCCUGCUUCAAGAUGGCCCCAGCAACAUGGAGGAAAUCUGGCAAGCAUGCGGACUGGAGACAAUGACCAACGCAGAAAGAACCUCUCUGAAUGUGCUCACCAAAAUAGUAACGGACAUCGGCAUGGAUAAAAUCAGUGAUGCCAUUAAAGAUCCAUUGUGCAGUGCUGAGAUUGUUAGGCAAGGUGAGAAGUCAUUGGCUCAGUAUUUUAAUGUUGCUACCAGCCGCCGUGAGGAGCCUGAGCGACCAGAAGUUUUGGGAAGUUCACUGAAACCUGCUACCCCGGAGCCCGAGAACGUGUUCAACCCAAGUCCUGAAAUUCAGGCAGAAUCCCUUAAGACAGCAGAGGAUGAACAGCUUAAGGAGAUACAUGGCAGAUCUUCAUCUUCUGCGGAUGCGCUGCUGGAUCUUGACAAGGAGCUGGAAGAACUUUUAAGAAGUUCACCUAAGCCUGCUACUCCAGAGCCUACGAAAGUCUUCAGCUCAAGUGCUCCAAUCCAACUGGAGCCCCUUAAAUCAUACAAGGUCUCAGAGCCUAAGAAUUUACCUGGGGAAUCUUCAGCUCCCACUAGGAAAUUGCUCGACAUUGAUGAUUUGUUUGAACAGGAGCUGGAUGAAUUAGAAGGUUGGGGAUGCUCAACUAAGCUUGGUACUCCAGAGCCAAAAUUAGUUGUGCAUUUACCUGGUGAAUCUUCACUUGAUCGGGAGCUGGAAGAACUUUUGAGAAGUUCAAAGUCUGCUACACCAGAGCCUACAAAUGUAAACAGCUUAAGAGCUAAAAUACAUGCAGAAUCCCCUCCAUCAAGAGAGGACAUAGAGGUUGAGCAUACAAAUCCCGCUCCCACUGAUUCACCACCACAGCUUGAGGAUUCACUUCACCAGUCUCAAGCUCCCACUGGUAAACGCCGUCGGAAGUUAAAGAACAGAUGUAAAGGCCCUGUUAGCCAAGGUCGCAGAGAAAAACGGCAUCGGGAAGAAACCAUGAAAGAGGAAACUUCCUUAUUUAGAGCUUCUGAACUGCCAAUUGCCAAACCCCAGGGUUUCAUUUUGCCACAACAGUUUUUAGGCCGCGUCAUUGAUGGCCUGCUUACGAAACUUCAAUGCACAUAUAACAUCAGUGUUCCUGGGAUCUACCUUUAUGAUGUUAUUUUCAGCAAACUGGUGCAAGAACUGGGAAAUUUGGCAAGAGUUCAUGUUGUUAAAAACAUCCAACAGCUGUUUCACAAUGAGGAUGAGAUCGUUCUUCGGAUUAUAAAUGAAGCUCAUGCCAUUGUGAAAGAUAAGGGCUACUUGAGGGCAGCAUGGCAGGAUCAUGAGAUGUCAGUAAAUUACCUCACAACGGUUGUGUCUGCGGUCAUUCUUGACUACACAGUGCUUGGUGGGUGGAAUCAGAAGACUGACCAAACUGAAGAUUUCGCCAUCCCAGUUCAUCCAAACCUGACGGUGAAAGAAAAGUGCCGCAACUUCCUGUCACGGAUGAGACAGUCCCUACGAAAGGUCUUUUGUUUUAAAUGAAGGACCCGAGAAGGAGAACAGUAUUAAGUUUUCUAAACCUCCUCUUUACUUAGAAUUUACUUAGAAUCUCUUUUGUGCAUUUAAUUUUUAGUAAAUAUUUCUGUAUAUAGUUGUUUUCCUCUUUAAUAACAAAUAAUAAAUACUUUUUGUGCAUUAACUGACUUGGUAAAGAGACCUCCUCUUUACUUAGAAUUUACUUAAAAUCUCUUUUUUUGCCUUUCAUUUUUUAUCAAUAUUUCUGUAUAUAGUUGUUUUCCUCUUUAAUAACAAAUAAUAAAUACUUUUUUGUGCAUUAA